AUGCCCGGCCUCGACCCCAGACAAUGCGAAGAGCCUGCGAGGACUUCAGGAGCCGCUACCGCUGUACGGAAACCCCAGAUCCUCGUCCCCGCCGUAAGGCCAGGACAUUUGGAGCCGGAGAAGGCGACGCAAUGGAAUACCACGAACCUGGGACUGCGGUUCGGUGCUGAUCUUACAUCUGCCGCGAGUGCUUCGGCCGUGGUAGCGCCUGUGAUCUGUGUGAUUGACCGAUCUAUUGUGGAAAAGGCCGCGAAGGGUGCUACAUUCUCGUCCUGUCUGCUUCGAUCACUCCGGCCUGCAGUCACCCGUCCACACACAUUUGUCUUCUCUCGGCCGUUCCUCCUCAUUUUCUCCUUGUAUCUCUCCACCUACGCCACAGCCAACACCGUCGACACGGUCUCGUCGAUUGUUUCGUCAAGUCCAGCAUCAACGGUCACAUCAGGGCCCACAAAGUUCGCCGCAACGUCUUUCGUGAACAUGAGCAUGUGUGUGUACAAAGACUCGUGCUUUGCGAGGAUGUUUGGAGUGCCUGUGCCCUCCGCUUCCACUUCACCGGCCGCAGCGGCUGCGGCGGCAGUUCCAAAACUCUCCUACGCCUUGUUUGCCGUCCGAGACAGCUUUACCAUCUUCGCAUCGUUCAACCUACCUCCUCUGAUUGCACCACACCUCUGCAACUUGCCUGCGCGCAUUAGGUCAAGAUUCUCAGCCCUCCUCAGUACCGAGGCCGGCCGGACAAACACGGCGCAGUUCCUGGCGCCGGCGGCGGUCCAGGUGAUAUCCACACCAAUCCACUUGCUUGGAUUAGACUUGUACAACAGACAGGGAAGUCUGGGAUUCCGCAAACGAUAUCUCCGGGUCCUCAGAGACUGGAGUGUGAGUACCUUUGCUAGAAUGGGUCGUAUCGUUCCUGCGUUUGGCGUCGGCGGCGUCGUAAAUUCCAGCAUGCGAAGAAAUUUCAUGACCAAACUCGAGGCGUGA